AUGGCUAAAUUUGAAUCACGUACGGUUGUCCAGCGAAUACUGCAAGCCGAGUUCGGCAAGAAUGCACAAAAAAAGGAUUGCAUCAUAGCAACAUUUCAACGCUUUUGUGAAAUUGUUACAGUCGAAGAUCGAGAACGUUCAGGAAGACCUUCAAAAAUUACAGAAGAAAAGAUCGAGGAAGUUCAUGAUGUUAUUGAAAAUCAACAACAAUCGAGUGUUCGAACGAUUGCAACAACCUGA